GCAUACAGCCAACUAUUCCCGCGACGGCGUCUUCGGCAAACGACGUGUGGUUGCGUCCUCCCUUCACGCCGACAUCCGAAAAGUUUUUAAACUUAAAACUUGUGGCACAUAGUAAAAACUAAAUUUAGUCCUACAAACUGAACAGUGCGGUGAACGUGUGCGUUUAGUGUCUGUGAAGUGGUUUAUUUUUUAUUGCAAUCUCGAUUUACCGUUCAGACGGACGUUACUGUUUCAUUAAAGAAAAAAGUUCAUAAUAAGUUGUGCUGAACGCGAGGGCCGUAUAUGGUUAAAUUGAUUCCUCGAGCUGGCUCACAGGUGAAAGUAGACCUUUGUUAAGUUCAUAAGGACACGACACGAUCGCAACUAGCUCGAAACGAAGCGUUUCGCGUAUAGUUGCGAGAAGAAGGUCGUGGGGUGGCUGGUUACUAUGGCAACCGGAAAUAUAACAAACCCAUAAACCACCGGGUCCCAGGCGGUGCGGAUGUCGGUGGGCGGCGCGGGGCUAAUGUCGUGUGUGCGCGAGGGCUCCCUCGAGCCGCCAUACCGACCGCCGCAUGCCGACACAAACACACAUGGCGAGGGUCGCACGGGUCGGUUCUUGCGCGGCCUGCGUCGCAUGUUCAAGCGACGCCAGCGCUCCGACUCGCCCGACCACAAGAGCAGUUCCACCAGCGAACUCCUGGACCCUGAGAGACAGAGGAGGAAAGAGGGUGCGUACGGAAGUGGUUUGUCCGUAUCUCACGACUCGGUGUUCACCGGCGAGCGCUCCGGAGACGAGUCCAGCGACGAGCGAGCCACACACACACGAUCACACGUCGCGUCGCAUCGAGCGGAGUUAGUCGCAGCUGUUCGCAGACGAGGUCGGGGUGACAGCGAUGAGGAUGAAGAUCUGGGCUUGCCUCACAGCCCGCCAGCCUCCCCGCCCACAGAUAAGGCUGAGAAGCGUCAUCAUGCCGGUAUAUCCCAGUCCUCGUGCAGUGACGGCUCUCUGCUCAGUGUGGGCUCCUCGGAGAUGGACGACGACAGCAGCAGUGGACACCAGCUGGACCAGACACGACACGAGCACUCAGAAGUCUACACAUCGUCCGAGCCUCCCUCUGGAGUGGCGCCACUGUCGCACUCAGCCGCUCGACACAAGAUGGCGGUGAGGCCGCGACGCAACCACGCUUUGCCACGGAGGAAAAAAAACAACUCGAUCGCUGCCUCAGCCUUGCCGAUAACUCCCGAGCUGAACGAAGAAAUGACACGAAGCACUACUCCUGAAGUCAUCCUCAAAUCCUCAGAAGUCGUUACUGAAUCAUUCUCUUCGACUACUGCGAAGCAUCACAUGAUCGUUAAGGACCAACACCAACAGCUGAACCGGGAACUCCAAAAGGUUCUGGAAACACCGAGCGACACUAAACUGAAGUCCUCGUCCCUACCGCCCGGAUUGGCUCUGAGUCAACUCGUUGGCCAAUCACCUGUCAAACUGAGCAUCGCUGACAAUAAUACCCCGAGAUCGUCGAUCAAAAGAAGCAAAUCCAGUACACAAGAACAACCAAUACGAGAGAGUUCACCAAAACUAAACGAAAGCCGACAACCGGAGGAUAGGAACAAACACCGCUCUGACAAAAAACAAGCCGACGAACCUUGCCUCGAAAAGAAAACUAAGUCAGAGAAGAAAGUAGAGAACGAAGUCAUACGGUCUUCCAAAAAAGAGGAAUCGUUUUUCAGCAGACUGCUUCUGAGGAAAAGCGGAAAGAAAUCUAAGAAGGAUCAAACCGACGGCGACGGGCAGCAGGACGUGAAGAAAACGAAGACUGAGAAGACGACGGCGCAAUACAAACCAGUGGACUCGGGCUGUUACUACGAACAAGGAUACAAACACACAGACAGGUCCUAUAAAUCAGCCGGCCAGAAGGCGUUCGCUAAUCAAAUGCACAAGAGAAUUGAUAACAAAGGAGCCUACGUCCACGAGGGCGCGUACAAAGACGUCUACAGCGCUGCCAAAGUCACCGGCCUCGAUUACAGCAUAGAUCUCAAAGCCGCCGAGGAAACCGAUAAAAUGUUGAACUACGAGAUGAAAAACAGAUUCAGCAGGAGGGACGAGUUCUGCGAGAAGAUAGAAAAGAAACGUUCUUCGUCCAAAGAGGCGAUCGAUGACAAGAGGGAAUCUUUCAAUUUGCAUCACGAUAAAUCGAAAAGACCCGCCUCCGUACAGAGAUUGAUCGAACCGUUCUCAACAAAAACACUUCUCGCCAACGAACUCGCUAACAGGACGGACGAAGACAGUCUGUCUCCUACAUUCGAAGUUUCCGACGAAGAUUCCAUUAGAGGCCUGAGAAUAAAAAACGUUAAUAACGAUUGCGUGUUCCACAGCGGCAGUAUGCCCAAGAAUAUACCGUACUUCAAUCCGAGCAUCUCUGUCUCCGUGUCACCUGUGAAAAGCAAGACUCACAGCUCCGAAAACGUCAAGUAUAUGAGCCGUUCCACGGAAGCAGAUUUCCACGGGAUGGAAAUAGUCAGCAAACGAGAAAACGUUCAUCAUGUUUGCAAAACUGAUGAACCAUACGUCGCUUCCGGUUUGAGAUCUUUGGGUGACGAAUACGUGGAAACUAGAAGCAGUAUCGGUAAAUCUCACAGUUUUCGUUACGCGUCCCAAUCAUCUUCGAUCAGUUCCCAGGAAAACCAACUGCCGAGUCUACCGGCCAUCGUGGGCAUCUCUGAACCGCUGCUUGAAAGCUGGGAAGUCAACUAUAGGAGGAACGUUAGCGAGAGACACGACCACUCCAAGCGCAUAUCCGCCAGAAACUAUAACAUCCUGUCCGGUGAAUCCGAGACAAACUACGACAGUCUACCGAGCACUGACAGCAGCUACCUAGACAGCCUCAAACAAGACAUGAGCGAGGAAAGAAAGCUGUUUACAAACAGCAUUCAAAUCACAAUAGAUACUCACAAACGCGACAGCGAUAUCUCUCAGAUCGAGGCUAAAAUCGACGAUAUCAUCAGCUCACCAAAGCCUAUCAUAUCUCCAAUACUCAAAUCUAGUUCGUUAGAUAGCGUUAAAAGUAGUCCCGAAAAACCUGCCGCAGACAGACGCAAGACCAUAUCAGUAGAAAGUGCUAUAGGACAGAGUAAUAAAAAUAUUCAAAAAGAAUUAAAGCAAGAGCCGGAGGGGUUUAUUUCAGUGACACACAUAAAUAGAGACAACGUGCCAGUUGUGAUUAAAGCUGUUGAAAUAUCUAAGAUAAAUAAAAGCGACGAGAAGAUACAAAAAACUGUAGCUAAGUCUGGAGUGCCGGAGUUCCUCAAUAUACAGCUGAACAAGGUUGACGCGAAACCGGUUACUAACGUUGUGUUGACAGCGAAUGUGUCCCCAAAAAAGAUUGACAGUCCGCAACCAGAGAAGGAACCGAUCGUAGAAAAUUUCGCCGCCCCUGAUACGCAAAUAUCACAGAAUGUGAAAACCUCUAAGGAAAUAACGAAAACGGUUGAUGACACUGAGACUGUACAAGUUGAGGAGAAACCAAAUGUGGUCGUGGCCAGAACACUGAGCACACCCGCGCCACAGAGUCCCAUGACACCGAAGCAUUUCUUUAAAAAGAAAUUACUCAGCGUCGACUCACAGGAAAAAAUAGAAAAACAAAGAACCAGUUCCGUCAGCACCGAAGGAAGCAUCGAGAAGAUCGAUAACAUAUCCAUGGACCAAAAGUCACAUUCCAGUUUCGGCAGCAAAAGUUCCAUUCAGAGUAUCGACAGCGACGAGAACAAAAUACAAGACAGACAGGAGGAAGCGGUCGUCUACAGAAGAAAACCCUUCGGCAAAGACUCCAAGAAACAUGACGACGAACCAGAACUUAUGAAGGUUUUCGCGAGGCGGUCCCUCAAACUCAAAGACUCGGAAGCAGACCACAUAGCGCAGGACAUAGCCGACACCAACAAAAACGAUAACGUAUCCAGAUCUAAAAUACUCAAGAACGAGUUCAACGCUUCCAUCAAAUCUAGGGACAGCGACAAAGAGAACGAGGAACAGAAGGAACAAGCAUUUGAGAAUAAGCUGGUGGACAUCGCGGCGAGGGUGAGUCAGUUCGGAAACUACCAGAGGAGCGUCAGCAUCAGCAGUGUGACGCCCAAACGAGACAGCGCGCCCGCCUUCAGGAGCGACGUGAACAAAUACAAGAAAGAAGUAUCCGACUCCACUCCCGAGAAGAGAUUGAGGAACAGAACGUUCCCCGACUCAUCCAACGAUAGAGAGGACAUCAAAAACGUUACCAAGAAUGAAGCCAUGGGAUAUAAAGCGGAUACACUCACCAAAAGACCCUGGCAGAGGACCGAGUUCAGACAGGUGGUGGAGAAAGAGAAACGAGACGUUACCGCGGUAGAAAAGGACGGAAACAAUGAGAAAAGCGAAAGCGGGAAAGAGAAGGAAGAAGCGGACGCCUCACCACAGUUCAAAGGUAUACUCCAAAUGAGAGCGGAGUGGGAGAGACGAGCUCAAGGGAUGACCAAAUAAAUACGGUGCUGAUUAUAAAUAACUUUAAUAACCAUUUAGUUAAUUAACGUUUAAGGACUUCGCUAGACGCGGGGUCUGGUUACAUUUAUAUAGUUACUUAGCGAUAGCCAAAUUUAUAAAGGUUGCAUUUAUCGCAGUUUUUAUCGAUCCAACAGACGGACGACAUUACAGAUUAUUUAUAUCCGUGUUGAAAAUAUCACAAUACGUAUUAGAGGAGCGUACCCGGUACUAUGAAAUAUGUUAUUAAUGAAGUUGUUAGCGAUCACACAUGGAGUAUAUUUUGAAUACCAACAUCUAACCAGAAGAUAGUUUUCUGUACACGCGAGUAUAGACGCAGUCGUAAUUAGUCCCAUAGUGCUGUAGACGGUUCAUGUAUCGUAGGCUAUGUGUUGUUAAGACGUGUAUUUUUGAGUGUUAUUGCAUUGAUAUAGCGAAUAGUUAUAUUUUAUUAAAGACUACAUUAUGUAUUAAACAUUUCUGAACUGUGAAAUACAAAUUUUAUUCCUAUAGUUC